AUGCUCUUUGGGUACGACACAGGCAGCUUUGGUGGUAUCCUCGCCAAUCCUGGCUUUGUCCGACAAUUCGGUGUGUACCAUCCCUCGACCGGUAAAUACGCCAUCGAUUCUCUCCAUACGUCGCUACUGUCCUCUCUCGCUUUCAUCGGCAAGUUUGUCGGGUGCUUGGUCGCUGGUCCGGCCAUUGAGUGGGUUGGCCACCGCGCUGUGUUCUUUGGUCUGUCGGCCGUCUCAUUCGUUGGUAUCAUCAUCGAAAUCACCGCAGCCGGCACGGACGCCGGGUCCGGGCGUUUCGCACAAUUCAUCGUUGGGCGUAUCAUUGUCUACAUCUCGGUCGGUCUAGUUGAAGUCGACGUGACCACCUACCAGUCUGAGAUUGUCCCGGCACCAUUCCGAGGCCUUGUCGUCGUCUCCCUGCAACUCUUUCUCAACGCCGGAAGCGUCAUUGCCACUGGCGUCAACAAGGCCUUCUCCACCAGAACCGACGGGUUAGGUUGGAAAGCAGUCACUGGGAUCCAGUUUAUCUUCCCCGUCUUGAUAAUUCUCUUCACGCUGUUCAUUCCGAGCUCUCCCCGUUGGCUCUUGUCGAAGGACCGUGACCACGAGGCCAUCACGGCCCUCCGCCGCAUCAGACCGAAGGGUGAUGGUUCUGAUGACAAGUGCGCAGCCGAGAUCCAGGCCAUCAAAGAAGCUCUCCAGGAACAAGUGCAUAAAGCCCCAUGGCUCGACCUCGUGCGUGGGACCAACCUCCGCCGAACGGCACUAAUCAUUGUUUACUACUUUUUCCAGCAGACUACCGGCCAAGCCUUUGUCUCGACUUAUCAAACAACGUUCUACAAGACAAAUGGCUAUGCUGACCAGGCUUUUACCUAUCCUGUCAUUAACAGCUGUCUCAGCUUUCUCUCCGUCAUCCCGGGCAUGUACUUGGUCGAUAAGCUUGGUCGUCGAUACAGCCUCAUGAUCACUUACUUCUUCCAGGCCUUUUGGAUAUACUUGUUAGCCGGGCUCGGUGGGAUGAGCCACAAGAGCGUAACUGAUAAGAACACGAUUGUGGCUGCCUUCAUGCUCUACGCAUUUAGUUACAAUAUGGGCGGCGCCUCGAUCCCGUACCUGCUCGGCUCUGAGAUCCCCAACGCCGCCGUCCGUGAAAAGACGCAGGCGCUGGGGACGUCGUGGAAUGUGAUCUGGGCCUUUGUGACCAACUUUGUCAUCCCGUACAUGAUCAACAACAUCCACUUCGGAGUCGGAUGGGUGUUUGGCAGCAUCUCCGUGCUCGCUUUUGUCUUCACCUUCCUCUUCCUUCCCGAGACCAAGGGCCGCGCUCUCGAGGAGAUUGACGCCAUAUUCGCAGUCCCGUUCAACCCCUUCCGACCAGCCGAAAUCCACUACACUGACGCCGAGCGCCGGGUUGGCCAGCUUGAAGGGGAGAAAGCGGCGGCCGUCACGUCUGUUUCCGAGAACAUUGACAACUUUACCCACGAGGGCCAGAAAGAAGAUUUCUAA